GUUACAAUUCGUGCCCAAUGAAGCUUCAUGGAUAGUUGUGAUUUCUCUAUGAUAAAUGUCAGUUCCAGGCUGCCAUGCUGUGUGUGCAAGGACAAAUGUCAUUUUAAUAGUUACUAAGUUGUGUUCGGAUCCUUACUAGGUAGGUUUAAUACUGCCAUACACAUUUAGUGUGUGGGUUUAUAAACGUUUUAAUUUCUGUGCACUGAUGCUGUAUUAAAUCCUUCUACACAUGCCUUUAAUGUGUACAUUUGUUAUUAUCAGGUUAUAGUAACCUCCUCCAGUCAGUUGUGUCAGUAAAACAGCGAAUUCCUUGUACAUUAGGUAAAGACCAUUUAUAAAAGUGAAGUUUUUAAAAGUGCAGCAAGCAAUACAAAUGUUCUCUUGGUUGCCAUGGUGAUUGCUCCACGUUUAGAACGUUGCCCCAAAAUUGCUGUUCAUGAAUAAUCUUUACUCAGAGGGAGACAAGCGCUGGACUUUAAAGAUGAACUAUACUUGGUAAAGAGGACCUGACACAGUGUUCACACCUUUAACCCCUUAAGGACCAAACUUCUGGAAUAAAAGGGAAUCAUGACAUGUCACACAUGUCAUGUGUCCUUAAGGGGUUAAAGUGGAACUGUUUGUUUUCUAAACAUGACAGAUACUCACGAAGCACUUAUGGGGGACUUACUGGGUGAGCAGUGCAGGGGAAUAAGAAAAAAAAAAAUAUAUAUAUAUAUAUAUAUAUAUAUAUAUAUAUAUAUAUACACCUCCACUGCACAGUUUGUUUAGAAUUACAGCAUCACCCUAUAUUCUCUGGCUGUAUUUGGACACCCACAGAGAAAAGCUGUAUAUGUGUGCUUGGCAUUCCUUCAAUCGUACUGUAAUACCAUGAGCCCCUGUUUAAGCAGCUGUCUCAGUUCUGAGCUUUUCAUAAAUAAAUAAUCUUUCUGAAAAGUUAUUUUUAACUGUGUUGGAAUUUCUUUGAAAAUUCCAACAGAAUCAUAGAUAUCGUGAGAGGUAAAUCGAUAUAAAUUAGGGACUACUUUUGUUUGUUUACUUUUUUUUUCUUGUAAGGACCAUAUUCAGGAUUUGUGCAUCACAUUAAUAAAGUUUUAGCAUCCAAAACUUAACUUAAAAGGACACUAUAGCCACCAAAACUACUUUAGCUUAAUGAAACCGUGUUGGCGUACAGAUCCUGCAGUCUCACUGCUCAAAUCUCUGUCAUUUAGGAGUUAAAUCACUUUGAUUAUGUAGCCAGAGUCACACUUUAAUGGAUGUGAAUUGCACAUAAACCUUCCCUGUAAAGAGAGCUAUAAUGUUUAAACUUUCUUUAUUGCACAUUCUGUUUAAUUUAGAAUUUAUCAUCUCCUUUUGUGUUAAUAGCCUUCUAGACCCUACAGAAGCCUCCCUUGUGUGAUUAGCACCUUAAGGACACAUGACGUGUGACAUGUCAUGAUUCCCUUUUAUUCCAGAAGUUUGGUCCUUAAUGGGGUUAAAGUUCAAUUGAUAGAGGUGGAGGUAAUGUCAGAUUGAAAAUGAAACCAUUUUUUCAUGUGGGCUGUGUGAAUCACAUCCAGCGGAGGUGUGGCUAGGACUGCAUAAACAGAAACAAAAGUGAUUUAACUUCUAAAUGGCAGAGAAUUAAACAGAGAGACUUCAUGUGCCUGAACUAUACACAAAAACUGAUUCAAUAAGCUUCAUUUGUUUUAAUCCCUGUAAUAUCCUCUUAUUCUUCAGAAUGCAAGCUGGCAUGCUGUUGGAGAUCCUUCCUUGAAUACUGUAGCCAAAUAUACAUGUAAAGGUGCACUGGGGUUUAUUUAAUAAGCUAUAAAAUGGCAAAUUGACAAGGGAUUGCACAUUUUAAUUAUUGCUGCUCCAUAGUGAUUUUCUGAACAUGUAUACAAGUAUAUGUAUAUGUCGAUGUGAGCUGGUCAUUUCUAAAACUUUACCUGCUUCUCUUUUUAACUGGUCAGUUUAGCUAAGAAAGACAUAUUAUGAUGUUCAUAUAAACAUAGAAUAUGACGGCAGAUAAGAAACAUUCAGCCCAUCUAGUCUGCCCAACUCAAUAAAAUAUUUACUGACAGUUCUCGGCCAAUAGAAUUAAAUUGAGGCCAUAGUUAUCUACCUGCUAAAACACUGUGUGAAAGAUAAAAGCUACCCAUAGAAAUGUAAAUGCAUAAAAACACGUCACUAGAAUGCCAACAUGACACCAGGCAGCCUGGUCUGUAAUUCAGUAGGUCUUCACGUGAGACUAGCUAUACUUCUGCUCCUCCCAACAUCGCAGUGUAUAAUUACUCAUCUAUAGAAGUUGAUCAUUUUGUUUCAACUAGCACUCUUGGUUUCUAAUUAUAUUUUCUAAUGGUUUGACUGUGAAUAUUUGUUUACUGACAUUCGUGAUGUAAUAUCGCAAUAACUUCCUUCAUUAUUGUUGUUCUGAACCUUUGCUCUCUAACAUAUAUUUAAAAUGAAAAAUAAAGAUUGUCAAAAAAAACAACAACAUAUCUGUGAAAAGUCGUGUGUGUGUGUGUGUGUGUGUGUGUGUGUGUGUGUGUGUGUGUAUAUAUAUAUAUAUAGGGCUACAUGAUUUAGAUUUUUUUGUUUCACUGUUUUGAUCUUUAGGAGUCACAUAUCAACCUAUUAAAUGAAUUACGUUUUCUUGCAGGAUUCAUUGAGAUUGAAUAGUGUCAUGGCUACUUUAGCAACUCUUGGCCUUCCUAUGCUACGCUCCUCUUUACCGCGGUGGAAAUUGUGUGCUUCUGCUCUUGCAGCACACACAAGGUGAGUUUCCUAGCUGACAUUAAAUAGGACGUGAACAAAAGCAGAUGAAGGCGCUCAAUAUAAUUAUUCUAUUGAUGGCAGCAAUGAAUCUGCAGGGGUUCACAAAACUUUGUGCGGGUUACAAAAGUGGGACAAAAAGAAAUGUUACACCGUGCCAGAAAUCUUAUAAAUAAAAAGACAAGUGUUUUAGAAUGACCUUAUUGUGCAUAUAUAUAUACGCUUUAUAGGAGCUGAUGAGUAACAACUCAAAAUAUCUCAGAUAUUCACUACCAGAGCAAGUCAUUACCAUUCAGGCUCUGAACUGGCUACAUGCUAAAGAGGGCCAAACGUUGUUUACUGCUGUUUUAUUUAAUAAUACUUAUAUUGCUCUUAUGAGUUUAACCUCUGAGUAAAAAAUGUAUUUUCAUCAAACUUUCUGAUCUCUUUGUUUUGAGGUUAAUAAGAAUGGGAGGUUUUAUAUAGUGUGAGGUAUUUUGCUGUGAAGGUGUUUUGGCUCUGACUCUCAACCUAUCACCAGCACCCCAAUGAAAGGCUUCCAUAUUGAUGCCAGGGGCCAGGAGUACAAUUUUACUGCUUAUGUUAAAAUGGCACCCAACACAGGACUUCCAGACACCAUUACUUAUUUAUUAAACUGUAGUUGUUAUGGUGCCCAGAGUGGUUCUUUAGUGAUACUUAAAGUUGUCCUGUCUCUUAAGUAGUUGUUCUUUCUUCUACAGACAGCCAUCACGUUGUCACCGACUUUCACCGUCUGAUGAUGAACUUUACCAGAGGACCACAGUGACACGUCUAGAGAGAGACUCUCCCGAUAUUAUGAUUGUCGAUAGUUUCAGCAGCCAGGGAUUCAUCAUCAAUGGUGACAGAGUAAUUGGACCCUGUGUGGUUAUUCCUAAAGCAAUACUUCAGUGGAAUGUGAGUAUGUUACUUAAAGCUUGCAUUCUGAAGAAUAAGAGGAUAUUACGUGGGAAUACCUUCGACGUCUAAAGGAAUUUGUUUAUAUAAAAAAAAAAAAAGAAAACACAAUAUGAAUCUAACUUACUAAGUGGUGUAAAAAUGUAAAUAAAAUGAAUUUCCUUGCAGAAAAUAACUGUACUAUUUACACAAUUUACUAACUAACACUUCUCAUGGGCUUUCGGGAGUAACACAACUUCCAGCUCUAUGUGUUACCCCAAUCAGACUACACAAAGUAGCUUUUUGUAUACUAUGGGUCCUUUACACUCUCCAGGCCUAGGAUUGAAGCCAAACAAUAUACAAACAAACAAUGCUCUUUAGUUCCUGAAUAUGAUAAAUGUCAAAUAUCUGCAAAUUGUGUAAAAAUCUUAAUACAUUGUUAUUGUCCAUUAUAAUGCGUUGCCGUUUUCAGUAUGUGACAUAGCUACUAUUUUAUUAAUUUAGUUUUUUGUAAAGCAUUGUUUUAGAAUGUCAGUAAUGACGAAUACCACCAUGUAAUCAAAAAAGUAGUAUCUGAUGCAAGUUUAUGACAUGUAGGCAGACAGGGCUGAGAUGAUUCACAAGGGCAUGUAAAAAUUCCACUACUACUGCUUUGAAAGUGGAAUCAGAAAGACACUACAACUGGAAAAAAUGAGAUUUUACCUACUAUUUACCUUGCAGAUUGAAAGUGUGAAACCUAACCGAACAAUCAUAAAUAUCAAUGUCAGAUUGACACUGAUACCCUUUUAUUACUGUCCAUAUUCCAAAGAUGUGCUUACAAAUGAAAAGUAAUUGCUGUUUUUAUAUUCUGUUUGCAGGUUGGAUCCUAUAAGGAUAUCUCUUUGGAAAGCCUUGCUUUGUUCCAUAUGAUUGUUCCCAAGAUAGGUAAUAAUCUUCAAACUUUUAAUCCAUAGAUUCCAUACAACUGUAUGUUUUGUCCAAAACCAAAGGCUCACCAAACAGUGACAUACCUGGUAUGUGUAACAUACCUGUGGUGCAAACCAAAGUGGGGUGCUGUUAAAAUGAAUCUAAUAAACACUCUCACCUUUAUGUAAAGGGAGUAACAAUGGUUUAUGAGAACUAGAAACAAUAAAAAGCAAAAAAAUAGUUUAAUAUUGCUUUAAGAUGUGAAAUACACUGCAAAUCAUCACACUCACAUUUAUUAGAGCAUUCAAAAUAUUGUUUUUAUUGUAUUUGCUUCUGUACCUUUAAGGUGGUACACUACCUUCUUCCUUAACCCUGCACUUGUAAUUAAUGCAGUUAUUCAGAAAAUGCAAUAAUUACAUUGUAGGGCUAACUCCACCUUUACGAGACAGCCACUAGAGGCACUUUUGGGUGGUUUCACCUAACUGACGCUGGAGGUCCUCAUGCUAUGCUUCAGGACAUUCAACGUCAUCUAAAACCCCGUAGGAAAGCAUUGAGCAAUGCUUUUCUAUGGGGUAGUCCUAAUGCGCGUGAGGUGCAUGCGCAUUCGGUCCAACACGCCAACUUUACGCCAGCAAAGGUGGUGUCUGACCCAGCGCUGAGGUACAUCUGCGCUGGAAUCAGGUAAGUGACAGAAGGGUUUUUAACACUUCCAGCACCACGGAGAGGGGAGGAGACGGUAGGGGCGGAAUUUAAAGGGAAACGUUAGUACUUGGAAAAUAACUUUUUUUUUCCUAGCCCAUACGUUUACCCUUAAAUGCUCUGUAGUGCUUCCAAAUAAAACAGGAAUAAAAGACCAAUUAUUCAGAAUGUUAAGCUUGGUUAAAUAAUAAUUUGGAGUAAUAAAACUUUAUUAGGAGCCAAAUAAAACAUGACUUAUGGUAUAAACCGCUUUGGUGUCAAUUAUGCCUGAGGUUCCUUGUAAUAGCUCAAGAACUUGAAGUGUCCUCAAAAGAAGAUUCUUCAGAAAAUCUUUAUUAAACUCUAACAAUACAAAGAUCCAACAAAAAAACAAAAAAAAUGCAUAAAUCCUCUCCAUCCAAAGUGUGUUUCACCAAAAGCUUCCUCAAUCAGAUAAUGCCACCGUUUUUUCCUCCCCUCCUUUUAAAUUUCAUUCCAGCCAAUUGGCUGGUAGGAAUGGCAGAGUCCUGGCAACAGGAAGUGAAAUAUCGCUGCUCCUUGUGGCGUAACCUUCGGUCAAGCCCAAGUAAGAUUGGGAGUCACAUGAAUCUGUUGUGUCUCCUCAUUGUUACCAUGGAGACAUUUACAAGAAUAAGGGAAAUCACAAAUUGUAAAUAAAACAUAAGUCUUUUCAAAUGCCAAACAGUGAACUGAAACCCAUAGGUAAACGCAUUUUUGUUGCAACACCUGACUUCAGAGUAAUUAGCCAAAUUGGAGAAUUUUGCAACUGUGUUGCCAUCACACCAUUUAAGAAAUUACACUCCAGGAUGAUACUAAGAGUGCCUUAGCCAUCCCCAGCAUUUAACCUCAUUGGGUGCUGCUCUCCACCUCUGCCUGCUGCAGCGCAGGGCUUAAUUCAGUGGCUGAGAGCAACAUUGCAGGGCUUAGGAUAAUUAAUGGAAGUUUGCAGGAAAACAGGGAGCUGCGACCGAUGGUACUUAACUAAGAAGUUAAACUGUUGCUUGAAGUGUUUCUUUAAAUGUUAUUUAUAGUAGAGCUUUUAACAGUGCAUGUGUGUAUAUUCUCAAUUUUUAGUAUUUUUAUUUAUCGGAUUUAUUCCUAGAUGUUGCAAAUCUUUGUCCACCCAAAUCAAGAUACUUUUUAGAUAGUUCUAAUCAUCCAUUUGUUUAUUUUCCAGAAAUCCUAGUAAUAGGCACUGGAGACAGAGUAGAGAGACUGGAUCCAAACAUUCUCAAGACCAUGAGACAGAAAGGGGUAGCUGUAGAAGUGCAAGACACGGUAAGAAUCUAAAUAAACAAUGUGAUUCUGUAAGUAAAUUCAUGUGAUUUUCUUAAGGCCCAUGUAUAACUUGUUUAACAUUUUUUUUUUAUUAUUAUUAAUUAUAAAUCUUUAUUGAAUAUUAAAGGAUCACUAUAGGGUCAGGUACACAAACAUGUAUUCCUGACCCUAUAGUGCUAAACCCACCAUUUAGGUUGCUUGCCCCCACUUAUUCCCCAUAUAAAAGUUUAAAACUCGCCUUAUUUCUAGUGCUGCGCGGGUCUGCCGGCGCUGGCUCUGCCCCUUUGUGACAUCAUCAAAAUGGCCUGAUUUUUAGCCAAUACAAUGCUUUCCCAACAGCAAAAUGCCGUUUUGGCCAAUCAGGACCUCCUUAUAGAGAUGCAUUAAAUCUCUAUGAGGAAAAUUCAGCGUUUCCAUGCAGUGCGUGGGGACACUGAACGGCAGGGCUGCCUACUGUGCAGCCCUGAGCCAGGAAGCCCCUCCAGUGGCCACUUGGAGGUGUCCCUAGGGGCAAUGUGAACACUACCUUUUCUCUGAAAAGGCAGGGUUUACAUGAAAAUGCCUGAACGGAGCUAUUAUACUCACCAGAACAACUACAUUAAGCUGUAGUUGUUCUGGUGACUAUAGUGUCCCUUUACAUAGUUAAUAUUAGGUCAUACAUAUUAUACAACAAAUCGAAAUUAAACCAUUUAUUUUUUUAUUCUAUUUACAAAAACAAAAAAUCUCCACCAUUCAUUCAACAAUCAUACUUACAAAUGGUGGGUCACUGGAGAUGUAACAGGUGGCUACUACAAGGAAAGAAAAGAAAAAUAGGAACUAUGGUAACAAGAAUAGAAUGUAUAGGGAUCGAUAUAAGUUAGCAGAAGUUUGUUGGUGUUAGCAUAAUUUUUCCAAAGGAGCCACAUCUCUUCAAAUUUUUACAUUUUGCUUCUUAAGGCAUAUAAACUUUGUUCCAUAUCGACAAGUUCCUGGGUUACAGACUGUUGUCCAGUUAAUUUCAUCGGAAGAUUUCCAGUUACAAGCAAUGAUGAUCUUUACUGCCAUUAAAAAUGGACUAUUAAAUAAUCCUAGCUUUUAUUACGAUUAGGAUAGUCACUAUUCCAUAAAAACAUACAUGAUGACAGUGAGUUGAAAGAAAAUAAUUUAUCUCGACAGCAGUCAAUAUGACUUUUAAGAGAAUAAAGCUUAAAACAUUCCCACCAUAUAUGUACUAGAUGAUCCUUUUCUAAAUGAUGCUGCCAGCAAAUGUAAGAAUUAUUUAAGGAAAUCUUUUUUAAACUAAUAGGGGUUUAAUACCCUCUAUAUAUAAGCUUAUCGUGUCAUUCCAAAAUGGAAAUGCAAUGUAUGUGUUGAAAAACAUGUUUGAUACCAAAUACCAUUCUUUAGAUGAAAUAAAGUUUAACCAGUUCAGAAUCCCAUUUUUUGAAUUGGGAGGACCUUACUCUGCUCCGAUAGUUAUUUAUACCUAAAUAAAAUAAUAUAUCCUUAGAAAGAUCAAUGUUGCUCUGGCGUUGGAAGAAGAGCAAGAUCUCUCCUUUAUCCAUAAUAUUUAAGAUUUGAAUUUACCAAGUGUUUCCAGUAGGCUUAUUGAAAUCUCUACAAGUUAUUGACUGGGUGUUACUGAACCCUUGAGAGACAACACCGUAUGCUCCCUGACAUCAUGGAGAUUUGUUGGAAAUGUGAGGAAGAAAUGAGCUUUGAUUUACACAUCUGGUGGUCUUGCGGGUAGGUUGGCAACUUUUUGGAAGGCUGUAAACGAUACAAUUAAAGACAUCCUAGACACUAACCUCCCUUUACAACCUCUCCCGAUGAUUCUUCAUCAGACAUAACGGCCCCUCUCAAUUUAUAGUAAAUCGUCAACCAAACAUCUGCUCAAUGCGGCCAAGUUAUGCUCCUGAAUUGUGGAAAAAGCCUCUCGCUUUCCAAUAGUUAGCGUAUUGGCUUGGAUGGGUGAAGUAAUGUGGUAGACAAUGACAGGGGACUCAUAUUAGAUGGGCUCAAUCAAAGGUGAAUUCACCAGAGUGUGAUUGAAUAUAAGGGGAAAUAUCCCUUCUCUCAAUUUCAAACCAAUUUCAAACCAAUCCUCAGCACAACAGGGAUGGCCUAUGUCCGGAUGUCUGCCCGGACACUCACUCCCUGCUACUCACAAAACACAGAGCAGGUAUCGGAAGGAGAUGGGACUACCCCUGCACGUGAGAACCCGAGACCUCCAUGUUGACGGCCCUCCUCACUGAGACAGAUUGAGCAACCACAAUCAACCAGGGUGACAACUUAAUUAAAGCGACCUAACUCUAUUAAAGCGACCUAGAUUGAAUGUCCCUAUAUAAUCUAACUGCACUAACCUAUAUAUAUAGAUAGCGUUAUAUCCCUGCAUUAUUUGUGUCGUUAACAGACUAGCCAAUGUACAGGUCAUGCCUAACUACAGUCUAAACCUACCCUUAACGUCAAUUUUAUUAUUUCUCAACAUGUACUUUACAUACCAUGUCAUAAGCUUAAGCGUAGAUAACAUUGUCAUACGAAUAUCUAGCCUAGCAUGUAUACUACAAACUACUGAAGGCACAUAGCCUGUCAUUUUCAUGUUAUAAAAAAAAUGUGCUGUUUAAACUGCCAUAGUUUGCAAUGCAAUGAAAAUGCCUGCAGCUGCUGUCGUGGCCCUGCAAGCUUGUUGUUACUCUGUGCACGAAUAAAAUAAAGAAUUUUAAAAAAAAAGGGCAUUAUGGUAGCAAACAUGAAAAGGGUUGGAUAAACUAUAGGUACCCAGACCACUUCAUCUCAAUUAAGUAGUCUAGGUGCAGUGUCCCUGUUCCCCUUAACCCUGCAAUAAAAAACAUUGCAGCUUUAUAGAGACUGCAAUGUCUACAUUGCACUGCUAAGACUAUCUCUAGUAGUUGUCUACCAGACAGCCACUAGAGACAAUUCUUUCAGAUUCAUAGAGUUUGGCUUCGUGAAACGACGCUGGACAUCCUCACACUUUGCAGGAAAGCAUCCAGCAUCAAGCAAAGCCCCAUAUAAAAGUAUUGAUUCAAUGCAUUCCUAUGGGGAAGGCCUAAUGUGUGCACAACUUUCGACGUGCAUUAGGUCCCCCUACCCCCAUGGGACCUUGGAUGCUGGAAUCAGUUUAGUAAAUUAAAUGGUUUUUAACCCUUUCAAGGAAGGGGAGGCAGUUCCAAAGGGACACUAUAGUGCUAGGAAUACAUCUUUGCAUUCCUAACACUAAAGUGUUCCUUUAAGAAUAGAGAACUCCUUUGUCAUUCCUGUCUCUUUCAAGGAAAACCCAUAGAGUUCCUGUGUAUGCUUAUGUACCAGUAUAAUCCGCAUUUUGUUCAGAUAUACAUUAAUAUGAGAUGUCUUAAGUGUGUUCUUCUUUUCUUUUUCACAGGCCAACGCUUGUGCCACCUUUAACUUCCUAACCAAUGAACGGCGCAUGACAGCAGCUGCGUUAAUUCCUCCAACCAACGCCAACUCUUUUUAAUAUUAUUGUAUCAAAUAAUCAAAUGGACUAUAACUGACAAGGUUACUCUGCCCAAAGAAAUUUUCAUCUGGUAUGUUUAGUACCCAGUCACGUAUAAAACCAGUGCAAAAUAAUCAAAACGGGUAGUAGUAAUCGUGUUUUAUUUAACAGGAAAACAGGACAUCACAGGAAAAGUAGCCUUCCUCACUGUGUAAAGACAUUGAGAUACAAUUACUGGCUGGAUUAUAGAGCAACAGAAUUGUCUAAAUUUAAGCACAUUUUGCUAAUGAGACUCAAAAUGAUUGUUUACUUAGGAAUUGUACUGCUAAUGCCACAAAAGGGGUAUGACCACUUUGUAAAAAAAUCCUCCCUUUAAUUAUUUUAGGGGCGUCAAAUAUUGCUAAUUGGGUAGCUAUAUCAAAGUGUUCUGAGCAAUGUCUCAUUUUUGGUCUCUAAUCAAUUUAACUUUACCUAAAGGGUUACUUCAAGCAUUAUAAUCACAACUGUUGUAGUUAUGGUGCCAGGAGUACCCUGGCCUGAAUUCAUGGUAAUGGGGCAAACCAUCUAGCAACAGUUUGCCCUCUUAUCUGGGUACUCGCCAGACUCCAAGGCUCCUAUCUUCUCUGCCUAUGAGCUAAUGCAAAGCUGCGGAAGCCAAUCCAGUUUCCGUUCAUUGGCUGAAUGUAUCAGCUGAACACUGUCAGCCAUUGAAUAGCAAACUGUGCAAAAACAAAUUGCACAGAAUCUAAAUUUAAAAAACUAAUUGUUAAGAAAGUGUACUUGCUCAAUAUGGACCCUUGCUGUUGAAGAUAUCAAGCAUACUUUAAUGCUAUGAAAAGAGUCUCCUCUUAUACCUGGAGAACAAAAAAGAUCACAAUUUUAGCGCUUGGUUUGUGUGUAGUGUACAUAUAUAACUUCACAUUAAAGAAUGUAACAUACCUAAAUAUCAGUGUGAUUGAGUGUAAUUUUCCAAUAGGAGGGACAAAUAUCCCACAUCUGGUUGAAGCACCUGAGUUCUAUUAUUGUCCUAAAAGGUAAACAUUGGACCAGGUUAUCUUUAUUUCAUUAAGGACUGAGCCAGUUGUACACGUUGUGAUCAAAAUAAAACGUAAACAAAAACUGGAAUUUGCGCUAUAUGUCUGUCCAACCAUAAUUCACCUCUUUCAUCAUAUUAAAUGCACCCA